ACCCCGGAAGUGCAACUCGAACUUGGUCAGGGCGCGGAUCCCGAGAGGGAAAGUCAUAACAACCGCACGAGGGAGUUCGACAGACGAACUGGAAGGCCACGCCUCUUCCCGCCUCCCCCCGCAGCCCUGUAGCUGGGGGCAGAGCUCAGACUGUCUUCUGAAGAUUGAUGUCUAUUUCCUUGAGCUCUUUAAUUUUGUUGACAAUUUGGAUAAGCAUGGCACAAAUCCAGCAGGGAGGUCCAGAUGAAAAAGAAAAGACAACAGCACUGAAAGAUUUAUUAUCUAGGAUAGAUUUGGAUGAACUAAUGAAAAAAGAUGAACCACCUCUUGAUUUUCCUGAUACCCUGGAAGGAUUUGAAUAUGCUUUUAAUGAAAAGGGGCAAUUAAGGCACAUAAAAACUGGAGAACCAUUUGUUUUUAACUACCGGGAAGACUUGCACAGAUGGAACCAGAAAAGAUACGAAGCUCUAGGAGAGAUCAUCACGAAGUAUGUGUAUGAGCUCCUAGAAAAGGACUGUAAUUUGAAAAAAAUCUCUAUUCCAGUAGAUGCCACUGAGAGUGAACCAAAGAGUUUUAUCUUUAUGAGUGAGGAUGCUUUGACAAAUCCACAGAAACUGAUGGUUUUAAUUCAUGGUAGUGGUGUUGUCAGGGCAGGUCAGUGGGCUAGAAGGCUUAUUAUAAAUGAAGAUCUGGACAGUGGCACACAGAUACCUUUUAUUAAGAGAGCUAUGGAUGAAGGAUAUGGAGUAAUAGUACUGAAUCCCAAUGAAAACUAUAUUGAAGUAGAAAAGCCGAAGAUACAUGUACAGUCAUCUUCUGAAAGUGCUGAUGAACCAGCAGAAAAGAGGGAAAGAAAAGAUAAAGUCUCUAAAGAAACAAAGAAGCGACGUGAUUUCUAUGAGAAGUAUCGUAACCCCCAAAGAGAAAAAGAAAUGAUGCAGUUGUACAUCCGAGAAAAUGGUUCUCCUGAAGAACAUGCACUCUAUGUGUGGGACCAUUUCAUAGCCCAGUCUGCAGCUGAAAAUGUAUUUUUUGUUGCUCACAGCUAUGGAGGACUUGCAUUUGUUGAACUGAUGAUCCAACGCGAAGCAGAUGUGAAAAGUAAGGUAACUGCUGUGGCGUUGACAGACUCCGUUCACAAUGUGUGGCAUCAAGAAGCUGGCAAAACGAUUCGAGAAUGGAUGAGAGAGAACUGUUGUAACUGGGUCUCCAGCUCAGAACCAUUAGACACAUCAGUGGAGUCCAUGCUGCCUGACUGUCCCCGAGUUUCAGCAGGUAUGUGUUUCAUGGGAGAUGUAUGGGGUGGUUUUUUUAAGGUGCAAAAAUAUGCUAAUGAAAUGUGGAAUUCUGUUUUGCAAAUUAAGCAUCUUGUUCUGCCUUGAAUUUUGAAUGAAUUAUUGGUAACCUAUAGCGUGGGUCUGAUCCAUGACCAGAAAUGCAUUAAGUAACUGAAGAUGCUUACCAACAAACUCAGUAAAGACGAGUAAGUGAAACAACUUGAGAGUAAUAUUGACAUUUGCUGUUGAAGCUUAAGGAGACAGGAUGUACAUGAAUUAAAGGUUGAUUAAGACAGGGACUGGAUAGCUGUACAGGACCUCAGAGUAUUUGUCUCUGAUUGAUUACCAAUUCAUUGAUACAAUAGGUGGUCAAGAGUUCAGAGAAGAGAGAAUGUUGUGACCUGGAGUCUAGAAGUUUCUCAUGUAGAAAAUUUUGGCCGGACCUUGUGUGUUAAAUAGGAUUUGGAUUGUAGAAAGACAUGCAGGAUGGUAUUCUAGCCAAAAGAAGCAGAGCAAGGUAAGGAGUAAGGGCUGGAAUGGACCUGAGGAUGUUCACAGGGAACUAAGGUUAAGACUGGCCUGUGUUUUGAAAGAAAAGAGGUAAAAUGGGGUAAGCACCUCAGGAAGCAGGUGGGCUCCAGACCGUUUAAGACUGACAUUGAUUCCGGCCUACAGGAUCUAUAUGUUAGUCUCUAAUCUCUAGGGAAGAAGAGAGAGUGACAUUUUUCAUUGCUUUCUGAUUGUGGCUUCCACAAUUGCCAACCAAUUUUGAUGGUAAACACAAAGUAGGCAGUGGUGUCUGGUUAUGGUACAGAAUAGAAAUGGGCUUGCUUUGGUCAUAGAUGCCAGAGAAUGAGCAGAAGUUUUGAACAUGAACUACUCCAUAUAACAACCAUGGGGGAUAGCUAA